CAGAAGUGUGAGCAUGGAACUCAUACCCAGUUCCCUCCUCCUUCUCUAGCUAGCUAGUCAUACCAGUUAAGCAUGGCACGGAGCAAGCUUGCCCUCCCCCUCGUAUUUGCUUUCCUGCUCUUCUCCCAAAUCUUUGCUGCAGACUUGGAAGAGAAACCAGAUAACAAGGAUGCCAAUGUAGAAGAUGCCAAAUACCCAUAUGGUCCGGGCCAAGACCCUCGCGGUGGCCCAUAUGGUCCGGGCCCAUACCAUGGCGGUGGCCCAUACGGCGGUGGCCCAUAUGGCCGUGGCCCGCCGUACUGCCGAUUCUACUGUCAUGGCAGGUGCUGCUCUGCCGAAGAGUUUGCUGCCCUCUUUCAGGCAGCUGACGCCGGCGACUUGAAUGCUGACAAGCAUUAUGGACCCUACAGACCUGGAAUCCCCCCUUACAGGCGUCCACCUUACUGCCACCACUACUGCGGGUUCAGGUGCUGCUCGGCCCAGGAGUAUGCUGAGUUUGUGCAGGCAGGGAACUAGCUAGGCUGAGAGCCUGUCGAUCGCUUUGCUCGGCGACCUCCAUGGCUCCUUCUCUGUAGUUAUGCAGUAGUGCAUCUUCAUCUGCCAACCAUAACCAGUUGGUGCCUAGAAUAAAAGCAUGCACUUGGGUUUGUAACGGCGACUUGUAAACUCGUAGUCGUGAUGUGUCUUCUUCGUUUGCUAUCUUCUAAUGAAAAUGAUGGAUCGAUGUGCAUCA